UUCUGGGCCAGCAGCAGCACCAGAGCCAAGAUGGCGGCCAGCAGGAGGCUGAUGAAGGAGCUUGAAGAAAUCCGCAAAUGUGGGAUGAAAAACUUCCGUAACAUCCAGGUUGAUGAAGCUAAUUUAUUGACUUGGCAAGGGCUUAUUGUUCCUGACAACCCUCCGUAUGAUAAAGGGGCCUUCAGAAUUGAAAUCAACUUUCCAGCAGAGUACCCAUUCAAACCACCGAAGAUCACAUUUAAAACGAAGAUCUAUCACCCGAACAUUGACGAAAAGGGGCAGGUCUGUCUGCCAGUAAUUAGUGCUGAAAACUGGAAGCCAGCAACCAAAACUGACCAAGUCAUCCAGUCCCUCAUAGCACUGGUGAACGACCCCCAGCCCGAGCACCCGCUCCGGGCUGACCUAGCUGAAGAAUACUCUAAGGACCGUAAAAAAUUCUGUAAGAAUGCUGAAGAGUUUACAAAGAAAUAUGGGGAAAAGCGACCUGUGGACUAAAAUCUGCCGCGAUUGAUUCCAGCAAGUGUGAGCAGAGACGCCGAGCAGUGCAUUGAGACACCACACGAAGCAGGACUCUAUGGAAAAUUGACAUGUGCCACCGCCUGGCGUCUGCUUGUGGCAGUUACUAACUUUCUACAGUUUUCUUAAUCAAAAGUGGUCUAGGUGACCUGUAAAGAAAGGAUUAAAAAUUUAAGAUGUU